AUGAUUGAAGAACUACGUCUUAAUGCAAAAUUUGGUAACCCUACUCCACUUGGCUUGUUUAGUUUCGCCCUUACCACUUUUGUUCUUUCCAUUUACACUGUCCAAGCUCGCGGCAUUACACAUCCGAAUGUGGUCGUAGGUUUAGCCUUAUUCUACGGAGGCAUUGUACAACUUCUGGCUGGAAUGUGGGAAUUCAAAGUUGGCAACACACUUAGCGCUACCAUUUGCUCAUCAUAUGGUGGAUUUUGGCUUUCUUAUGCUACAAUUCUAAUCCCAGGAUUUAAUAUUACCGCUGCAUACGCAUCUCAAUCCGAAUUGAAUCAAGCACUUGGAAUUUUUCAACUUGGCUGGACAAUCUUUUCGUUUCUUAUGCUCCUGGCCACAUUUAAAACGAAAGGUUCCAUCGUUUUAUUAUCUAUCUCUGUAACAAUAACAUUUACCUUAUUAACUGCUUCAAAGUUCCUAGAGAAUGCUGAUCUUGAGAAAGCUGGUGGUUAUAUGGGUAUUGUUGCUUCGCUUCUUGCUUGGUAUAAUGCAAUAGCUGAGCUAUUGACAGACGAAAAUUCUUAUUUCACGAUACCUACUUUCGAUAUGAGUCGAAAGAGGAAAUAA